AUGGACCGACGCACAUUCUGCCAGACCGCGCUCGCGGCCGGCGUCACCGUCGCCGCCGCGAGCCGACGGGGAUUCGCCCAGGCCCCCCAGGCCGACGGCGCGGGCGACGCGCCCGCCCUCUUCACGCCCCUCACGCUCCGGGGCGUCACCCUGCGCAACCGGAUCGCCAUGUCCCCCAUGUGCCAGUACUCGAGCGAGGACGGCUUCGCGAACGAGUGGCACCUCGCCCACCACGCCUCCCGCGCCCUCGGCGGGGCCGGGCUGCUCAUCGCCGAGGCCACCGGCGUCGUGCCGGAGGGACGCAUCACGCCCAGCUGCCUCGGCAUCUGGAAGGACGAGCACGUCCCCGCGCUCCGCCGCGUGACGGACUUCGUCCGCGAGCACGGCGCGGUCCCCGGCAUCCAGCUCGCGCACGCCGGGGUGAAGGCCUCGCGCUACGGCCCCUUCGACCGCGUCCGCAACGGCUACGUCCCGAUCGAGCAGGGCGGCUGGAUGCCCGUCGGACCCACGGCAAAGCGCUACCGCGACGACGGCCCCGUCCCCCACGAACUCACCGCGAAAGAGAUCCGCGCCGUCACCGCCUCCUUCGCCGACGCGGCCCAGCGCUCGAUCGACGCGGGCUUCCAGGUCGUCGAGCUCCACUUCGCCCACGGCUACCUGGGCCACAGCUUCCUCUCGCCCCUUAUGAAUGAGCGGACGGACGACUACGGCGGCCCCUUCGAGAACCGCGUGCGGUUCCUCCUCGAGACGACCCGGGCCGUGCGGAGCGUGCUGCCCGAGGACGCCCCGCUCUUCGUGCGCCUCUCGUGCACCGACUGGGUCGAGGGCGGCUGGAGCAUCGAGGAUUCGGUGCGGGCGUCGCGCCUGCUCAAAGAGGAAGGCGUGGACCUCGUCGACUGCUCCACCGGCGGGGCGACGCGGAACGCGAGCAUCCCGGUCGGCCCGGACUACCAGGUCCCCUUCGCCGAGCGGAUCCGACGCGAGGCCGGCAUCCCGACGGGCGCCGUGGGCCUCAUCACCGAGCCCGCGCAGGCGAACGCGAUCAUCGAGGACGGCCGCGCGGACCUGGUCCUGCUGGGCCGCCAGCUCCUCCGCGAGCCGCACUGGCCGGCGAGGGCGUGGGUGGAGUUGAACGGCGAGGGGGAGUGGCAAGCGUCGUCUGAGCGGGGACAGCGUGCCAACGUCACCUGUACGGCGCGAAGCCGGGGGCGGGUGAUGGCGAUCCGUGACCAAUUCGAAUUGGAGCAGGGGAAGCCGGUUAACCGGCUUGUGCUGGGGGGGAGGGUGCGCUGGGGGGGUUUUUCCAGCUCACCGGUGAUGGUAGGGAACCAGCAGGAGUACGUUUCCGUCCUGCGCAGCCGCGACCUGAUCCCGCUCUCCCCGCAAACCCUCAACGGAUACGGCAUGCCCGCACCAGAAUCGAUUACUCGACUCACCAAGCAGUUUCACGAGCACAUCGACGCUUACAAGCGGGGUAACUACAACGAGACGCAGCUUCGACGCGAAUUUCUCGAUCCGUUCUUUGGGGCGUUGGGCUGGGACAUUUUCAAUGAACAGGGCUAUGCGGGCGAUUACAAGGAUGUCGUCCACGAGGCCGCCUUGAAAAUCGGCGGCACAACCAAAGCCCCAGACUACUCGUUUCGCAUUGGCGGUCAACGCAAGUUCUUCGUCGAGGCCAAGAAGCCCUCGGUCGAUGUCAAGGGCGACCCGCACCCGGCGUACCAACUGCGCCGAUACGCAUGGACGGCUCAACUCCCGCUCUCGAUCCUGACCGACUUCGAAGAGUUUGCCGUCUACGACUGUCGGAUUAAGCCAACACCGCGUGACAAAGCAUCAACGGCCCGCAUCCUCUACAUGACGUUCGAGGAGUACGAAAAGCGCUGGGGUGAAAUAGAGGGCGUCUUCUCCAAGUCCGCCAUCCUAAAGGGGGCUUUCGACAAGUACGCCUCGAAGAAGACACGCAAGCGUGGCACCGCCGAGCCCGACGAUGAGUUCCUCAAACUCCUCGAAGACUGGCGAUCCGCGCUGGCGCAGAACAUCGCCCGAAACAACAGACUGACAGUCCGCCAGAUCAACCAUGCGGUGCAGCUUGUCAUUGACCGUAUUGUCUUCCUCCGCAUUUGUGAGGACCGGGGCGUCGAAAUAGCAGGCACGCUCAAGGAUCUGCUCAAUGGCCCCAAGAUCUACGAGCGCCUCCUGGAGCGUUUCCGGCUCGCCGACGCCAAGUACAACUCGGGUCUUUUUCAUUUCGAAAAAGAGACUGGGCGCGAGCCGCCCGACACGCUGACUCCCUCGCUCGUGGUUGGCGACAAAGUCCUCAGUGACAUCAUCGGAAACCUCUACUAUCCAGAGAGUCCGUACGAGCUCUCCGUCCUCCCUGCCGACAUCCUUGGUCAUAUCUACGAGCGUUUCCUCGGAAGCGUCAUCACGCUUAGUUCCACGGGAAAGUCCGCGAAGAUCGAGGAGAAGCCCGAGGUCCGCAAGGCCGGCGGCGUCUACUACACGCCGACUUACAUCGUGGACUAUAUCGUCGAGCACACGGUGGGCGAACUGCUCAAGGACCGCACACUCGAACUCAAGGGGCGCGGCAAGGCCCGCGGCCCGGUGAUGAAUAAACCGCUUCGCGUACUCGACCCCGCCUGUGGCUCAGGAUCCUUCCUUCUCGGUGCCUACGACCAUUUGCUCGAAUGGCAUCUGCGCUACUACACCGAGAACGACCCCGAGUCGUGGGCGAAGCUCGGUACCCCGCCGAUCGCACGGCAAGCGAUACCAGAUGAGAGGGCGACGCACGGCGACUACAAGCUGACCACGCACGAGAAAAAGCGCAUCCUCACCGACCACAUCUUCGGCGUUGAUAUCGAUGCGCAGGCGGUCGAGGUCACCAAGUUGAGCCUGCUGCUCAAGGUGCUCGAAGGCGAGAACGAGGAGACACUCCAGCCGCUGCUAUUCGCGAAGGAACGGGCAUUGCCCGACCUGUCGGACAACAUUCGUUGCGGCAACUCGCUCAUCGGGAGCGACUUCUACUCGGGCCAGCAGGGCACGAUGUUUGACGAGGAGGAGCAAUACCGGAUCAACGCGUUCGACUGGGACGUGGCAUUUAGAGAGAUUAUGGAGAGUGGCGGGUUCGAGGCGGUGAUUGGGAAUCCGCCGUACGUGCUAUUGCAGAUUCUGAACCAGCCAGAUGUGUUUGCACACCUCAGCCAGAAGUACUCUGCAGCUCGGUACAAGAUUGACACCUACCACAUAUUCAUUGAGCAUGGCCUACGCCUGCUUGGGUCCAAAGUCUUCAAGGGCGCAUCCGUCGACACCCUGGUGCUGAUUUGCUCGGGGGGUGCGAGCGAAGCCGGGGAUAUGACUACCAUCGUCGAGUCACGGGUAUCCGACUCGCUGGGCGAGACUCGGCAGCAACCGAUUGGUGAGUGGCUUGGGCACGACAAGAAUGAGUUUGGAACGGGUAGCAACAGUCAGCAGCAGUCCAUUCUUGAGAAAAUCGAUGGUUGCAGUGAGCCACUCGGCUCGUUCGCCACUGCCUACUUCGGUAUCCAAACACGCGAUCGAACUCGCUAUGUCGCCCAGGAGCCGGUUGCUGAUCACUUCUUGGACUUCGAUGUCAAGGAUCAGGUGUCCAUGCACGACCGCAUGGUCAAACUCGUCAAAUCCAUGCUCGACAUGAACGCACGCCUCCAUGGCGAGGGCGGUGAAAAACUCACCCCUCAGGAGCGACGUGUCCUCGAGAGCCGCAUCGCUUAUACUGACCGCGAGAUCGACCGGCUCGUGUACGACCUAUACGGCCUUACCGAUGAGGAGAUUGCUGCCAUUGAGGAGGCCACAUCGACAUAA